GCGCGAAUCGUCUUUUAACUCCAUCAUCAGCCAUCUGUAGGGUCUGCCACCUCCAGGGGAAGAUUUGGACGGUGAAGCUCUCGACGAGGGCGUCGAACUGGUAGUGCUGCAGCCAAACAUGUCUAAGAUCGAGAAGCUGUCCAUCCUGGGCGUCCGCUCCUUCGGGCCCGUCAACCGGGAGGCUAUAGGAUUCAACACGCCGCUCACCCUCAUCGUCGGAUACAAUGGUUCAGGAAAGACGACUAUCAUCGAAUGUCUCAAAUAUGCGACCACCGGCGAGCUCCCUCCCAACAGCAAGGGCGGCGCCUUCAUCCACGACCCCAAACUUUGCGGGGAGAAGGAAGUCCUCGCCCAGGUCAAACUCUCGUUCCGAUCGACGGUUGGCGAAUCAUAUGUCGUAACCCGCAAUAUCCAGCUUACCGUGAAGAAAACGACACGGUCCCAGAAGACCCUUGAAGGAUCCCUGCUCUGUCGGAGUAACGGGGAGCGGAAUGUCACGUCCUCCAAGGUGUACGACCUUGACACCAUCGUCCCCGAGAAACUUGGCGUCUCCCCCGCCAUCUUAGAUGCCGUCAUCUUCUGUCACCAGGACGAGUCACUGUGGCCUAUGAGUGAGCCUUCUGCACUGAAGAAGCGAUUCGACGAGAUCUUCGAGGCAAUGAGGUAUACCAAAGCUAUCGAGAACCUCAAGGUCUUGCGCAAGAAACAGGGGGAAGAGCUGGCCAAGCUGAAGAUCUUCGAGGAGCAGCAUAGGAUCGACAAGGAGAAGGGCGACAGGGCCGAGAAGCGGUCCAUCAACCUGCAGACUGAGAUCGAGGACAUGCGUGUCAAGUGCGAUGGCAUCACCGCCGAAAUGGGUAAGACCCAGGAAAGGAUCAAAGAAAAGCAUGAGCAGGCCACCAGUUUCCUUGGCAUUGUCAACGAACUCCGGAACAAGACCGAGCAAUACCAGUACCGACAGGAUACCGUUGAGGAGCUGCGGGGGAGCAUAGAAGAGCUGCAAGAGUCUGAUCAACAGCUUGCCGAGGCUCUGUCGCAGUACCAGGAACGAAUCUCACGGAUAGAGGAGGAGCGAGACCAAAAGGCAGACCAAUACCAGGAUCUUCAAUCCGAGCUCAAGCUCGCUCGAGGUGACCACACCAAGAAGGUAGCGGAACUGGGCAAGCACCAGUCGGACAAGGAGAAGUACGAACGGCAGGUGGUAAAUCGCGUGAAGAUGAUCCAGGAAGCCGCCGAACGGCACGAGAUCCGGGGCUACGAUGGCGAUCUCGAUGACCGCCAGGUCAAUGCUUUCAGUGACCGUAUCCAGAAGAUCUUGAACGACAAGAAGCGGGAGCUUGAGCGUCUGCAGCGCCAGAAUGCUCAAGAAGUUGACAAGACCACCUCCGUAAUCACAGGUCUGGAGAGCAAGAAGGCAUCUAGGGUGCAAGACCGUGUAUUUGCCAAGCAGCGCAUGGGUGCAAUCGAUAAGCGGACGGCUAUCCUCAACGGCGAAAUCACCUCGCUAGAUAUCGAUGAGGGUUCCGAGGCUCUCCUCCAAUCGAACAUGAAGGACCUUGAAGGGCGACUGGAGAAGACUCGCAAUGACGAACAAGCUAUCGGGUUCGACAGGGAGAUACAGCAAGAGAACGACCGUCUCUGGCAGCUCGAGGCCGAAGGCGAGAAGUUGAAUCGAGAGCUGGUCGAGUGUACGAGGCUCGCCUCGGAACGUGCGCAGCUGGACCUUCGAAAGAAGGAACAUACCGAGAAGAAGCGCAAGCUAGACACCCUCGCCAACACCUGGAAUGACAAACUGUCCGGCAUCAUCGGUGGUCCUUGGCAACCGGAAACCAUUGACUCUGAUUUCCAGGCCGUUCUUAAGCGGCAGGUCGAUGUCGUCUCCGACACCCGGAAACAGAAGGAUGCCACACAGCAGGAGCUCAAGCAGCUGGAGUUCAAGCUUUCCACUGCGCGCGACAGGCUGAAGAAAGUGUCGGCCGAGAGUGACCGGAGCCAGAAGGCUGUUGCCACAGCCUUAAGCGAGGUGAAGAAUGACACCGCAUCGGUAGAGGAAUAUCUGGAGGAACUAGAGUCCCUCGAGACCGAUGUGCAAACUUGCGAAAGGGACAUCAACCUGUACGACGAGCUGAAGAAGUACUAUUCCAGUGCGGAGAAGACGGCCACACGGUUUAACAAGUGUCGGCUUUGCGAUCGAGAUUUCAAGGAUCAGCCGGCAGCCAAAUCGAAGCUCCUGGAGAAGAUUGCCAGCCACCUUGAUGACAGCGAGAAGAAGAAGUUGCUGGAAGAAAAGGCCGACUAUGACAAGUGUCUGGCCACCCUCCGGGCUGUUCGCCCCAAAUACGAUACGUACCAGAGACUCGAGGUUGAGUUGCCACCACUCCAGGAGGAGAUCAAGGGCCUAGAGUCUCAGAGGGAUGUCGUCAUUCGGCGGCUAGAGGACCAGGACGCAAUCUACAAGGAGGCAGAUGAGAAGCGACAAGAUAUCGAGUCGAUGAACAGGACCGUCGCGAACAUCUCCCAAGCCUUCAAGGAUAUUGGGGACUCGGAGAAGCAAAUUGAACGUCUUGCGUCCCAGCAAUCGUCAAGCGUCGACAUGCGAAGCGCCGAGGAAAUCAACGAGCUCCAAGCAACGUGUGCCGAGCAGACCAGGACCGUGAAAGCCAAGAUCACGAAGCUCAGUGCAGAUAGGCAGCGGAUGAGAGACGUCAUGAACUCUCUGGAGCUGGAGAAGAGCGAGCUGAAUAAUAAAAUCAACCAGGUCGUGAACCAACUGAGCAGGAAGAGGGGCCUCCAGGACCAGAUUCAGAACCUCAAGGAUGACCACGGCCAGCAGCGGGACAUCAUCCAGCAGGCCGACGCGGAUCUGGAGGCACUCGAGCCGGAGAUAGCCAAGGCGAGAUCUAUCCGCGAGGACACUCUCCUCCGAGGGCGGGCGAAGGAGCAGAAGGUUGCCGAGGAGCGUGACGGCGUGGCAAGCACAGUCAGCGAGCUGAAGAUGAUCGAGGGCGACAUCCAAGACUACAUUGACAGCGGUGGUCCGGCCAAUCUUGCUUCAAACCAGCGCGCCAUUGCCAAUCUCGAGCAAACGGUGGCGAACCUGGAGAAGGACAUGCGGGAUCUGACGGUGCAGAUCAACAAGUUGGGCAAGGAGAUUGACAGCAGCGACCAGAAGAAGCGAAACAUCGCUGACAACAUCAACUACCGCAAGAACCUGCGCCUCCUCAGGGAUCUAGAAGGCGACAUCGCGGCCCUGAAAUCACGCAACGCCGAGGAUGACUACGACCGCCUGGCGCGCGAGGCUCGCUCUCUCGAGUCCCAGCACAACAAGCUGCUGGCGGAGCGCGGCUCGCUGAUGGGUUCCAUGAAGACCAAGGACGAGGAGCUGACGCGGCUGCUUGAGGAGUGGGAGCUGGACUACAAGGACGCGGCGCGCAAGUACCGCGAGAUGCACAUCAAGGUGGAGACCACCAAGGCGGCCAUCGAAGAUCUCGGGCGCUACGGGAGCGCACUCGACAAGGCCAUCAUGCAGUACCACUCGCUCAAGAUGGAGGAGGUCAACCGCAUCGCCGGCGAGCUGUGGCAGAGCACGUACCAAGGGACGGACAUCGACACGAUCCUGAUCCGGUCGGACGCGGAGACGGCGACGGGCAAGCGCAACUACAACUACCGCGUGUGCAUGGUCAAGCAGGACACGGAGAUGGACAUGCGCGGGCGGUGCAGCGCGGGGCAGAAGGUGCUCGCGUCCAUCAUCAUCCGGCUCGCGCUGGCCGAGUCGUUCGGCAUCAACUGCGGGCUCAUCGCGCUCGACGAGCCGACGACCAACCUCGACAGCGACAACAUCCGCUCCCUGGCCGAGAGCCUGCACGCCAUCAUCAAGCAGCGCCAGGCCCAGAGCAACUUCCAGCUCAUCGUCAUCACCCACGACGAGGAGUUCCUCAAGCACAUGCAGUGCUCCGAGUUCUGCGACACCUUCUACCGCGUCAAGAGGGACGAGAAGCAGAACAGCGUCAUCGUGAGGGAGAGCAUCACAAAGGUCAUGGAGUAGGUCCCGCGGGGGGGAAGGGAAAGGGGGCGUGUAAGUUGUUCACUAUUAUCCCAUGGCGUGGCGUUUUGGGGGAGCGACUAGAGAAGUCUGUUUUUAUCUGUACAAUAUGGACAUGAUCAGCUGGCAUUUGCUUGUGGUACCUACCC